GAUGCUAUACCCCGUUUGUGCUAGUGCUAAUCAGGGACCUCGGGACGACCCAAAGCACCUGGGCUGAAUCGUCCCAAAGCCCAGAUGAUGGUUUGAUGAAGAGACAUGGAAACUUCCAGCUGUUGGCUAUGGAUUUCUUUGGGUAAUCGCUUGAAAACGUGUCAGGGUCUUUUCAAGGUUCAUUUCAGAUCGUCCCCAGUUUCCAUCAAGUCAUGUACUCGCGUCUCUCGUUACUUUCUGCCAGCACCUGGGCAAGAUUCGGCACGAUCCCGCUCCUCACGACUUCCAUGUUCGGCUCACCGUCAUCUAUAUUGGUGUUCUCAAGCUUAGUCAGGAGAGAAGCGUAGAGCCGUCGCCGAGAGUGUUGAAGGGGGUUGAGGCGGACUGG